AUGGGCUUGAACCGUUUCAAGACAAAGCUUCGCUGCCAAGUUUGGCUCCGAGAAGUCUCAAGUCACGAGGGGCGGGAGGCUCUCCUCUACUCUCCCCUCCCGCUCUUCCCCAAGAAAUCUGCUGCCGUCCGAACGGGUGAAUGCGAAUCGGACACCUAUUUCUCCAAGCUUUGGCAAUUGUAUUUUGCCGGGCGCCUGUGUGGACACUUCAACCCACUAGACAAGGACAAGACUAGAUGGGAAAAGGGCGAAAGGUGUGAGAGUUCCCACUUUGCUGAACGUUCCCCCUGGGGUCCCGUGGAGAAGGAGGUGGAGGCCAAACCGAAAGUGCAGACAUCUCCGUCCCGUCGAUGCAACUUUGUCGAAGAGGGACCCCUGCUUAGAGAGAGACACCCUCGUCGGUUCUCAGCCGACGCGUUCCUCGUUGCAGACUUGCAAGUUGCAAGUCGAUUGUCGCGUUCGAGACAUAGUCAGCCGCCUUCGUGCUUCCUCUUGUCCGAAGUGUCUUUCAACCGGGCCGACUUCUCGAUCACGGCAGUCUGUGGACAGUCUAGGCAGCUCAUGACAGCCUCGCUCGCAGCAUCCAUCCUCCAGGACUGGCCCCUGAGUAGUCUCCGUAGCAAGCCGCAGGACCAAGACAUUGACGUUCCCGUGGGAGCAACCGUCAAGCGACGGUACCUGCAUAGUAGCCAGUGUCCAGUGGCCGCCUUGUUCCGUGGCCGCUGCAGGCGCGUUACUGCCGCCUGUGCCGCCAGACCGGACCUUUACAAGAUGGACAAACUCAGCGCCCAAGAAUUAUGGCAAUUGAAGCACAACUUCUCGUCGGCCAGAGAAUCGUCCGAAGAGCACUUCUUCCGGUGCUGGAACCACCAGGACUGCAAGGUGUGCCUGGCAGAGGACGAAUGCAGCUGGUGUCCCAUGACGUCCGCCUGCGUCCCUAAUGCGUAUGCGAUUCCAUUGCUGGCACCCGCCUACGACGAGAACAUUUGUCCGCACUGGGCGGAACGAUGGGAGUUGCGCACCAAGCCGCUGGGCUGCCAGGUUUCGACCAUUACGAGUCUGACGUCCAUUGUCUCCAUUGUGUCGACGUUCAUCGUGGUCUUGUUGGUGGCCUUGAUCGUGCUCGGCGUCCGCUGGGGGAGACGACGCACGAACGCGACCCGUUGCUGGGUCAAGCGCAAAGCACGCGAGAUGGCACGUAGCGAAAAACAAGAGCUGCUGGAGGGAUUUACUCCUGCUGUGCCCAUGACGACACGAUGGAACCAAAUCACAGAUACGAGUGCUGCCACCGACGGGACCCUUCACCCGGAGCUGACGGGAGGAAUGAUGGCUACUUCAUCGCCGGACCGUAUUAUCGGACCGUCCUCGUCAUCCGGCCCAGGGAUGUCUACGUACUCUAAGUUGACCGUCACCAAACACGACUCUAAGAACCUCUCCUUGAACCCGCCGUGUCUCUCCUCAAGCGCAUCGAAUAGCCUCUUCAAGGGGAGAGGGGCCGGUAACACCUCGUAUUGCUUGGAUGUGAAGGAGCCAGCGCUUGCAAAGAAUAAGACGUUGAAGUGGUCCUUGGGUGGCCUGGGAGCCGCAGCCAUGUUCGAAGUAUGA